ACAGUAAGAGAUAUUGAGCAGUCAACCAUUUUCUGGAAUCUGUAGCACUGAACAAUUGUUUGAUAGGAAAGCCAUUUGUUGAGGCUUUUAGAUUUUUAAAAAAAUUAAAUCAGGAUUAUUUUCAUUUCUGGCUACAAUCGGAUGUAUUGAUCAUAGGCUGUAGAUUUAUUUGCAAAGACAACAAGGAAAUUGAAGAUUGUGUGUCAUGGCCACCCUCGAAAUUGUGUUCUUAUUAAUAGUCUAUGUAGGAAAGUCCCUUCAAGGAAGAAUAGUGCCUUCUCCUCCAAGCAUUACAGCAGGUCCUAAACCUUAUCCUAUGAGAAGUUGGAACCCAGAACUUGGAGAUCGAGUAUAUGUGUACCUACCAAAAGAAAAGAAUACACGUUUACAAUGUGUUGCUAGUGGAAAUACUCCAAAAUUAAGCUAUGAUUGGAUAAAGGAUGGAAAAUUAAUAGAUUUUAAUUCAACAGAAGUUACAUAUAAAAAUAAUACUUUACGCAUUUAUAAAGAACAUGGACUAGGUACGUUAAACAUUCAUCAUGUGCAAGAGAGUGAUUAUGGGAUUUACCAAUGCAGAGCAGGCAGUGCUAGUAGUCAAGCUUUGUCACUGAGCAAGAAGGUUGAAUUAAUUGAGGCACACAUCUCAUCUUUUCAAAAUAAUAAUGACCGACCUCCAAAGGUUGUGCUUCUUGGACAGUAUGUACUUCUGACUUGUGACCCACCUUACUCCAAUCCAAAGGCUAUUCUUAAGUGGACUACAGAUGACACAUUGAAGGAAAUGACAUUGAAUGACAGAAUUGUCAUGGAUUAUGAAGGCAACUUACACUUCACAAAUAUAGCCAAGGAAGAUGGGGGAAAGAUGUACUCCUGUUUCGCCUCUCUUAGUUUCAUUGGAUUCUAUAGUAAAGGACCAUUUACAAGUUUAAGUGUAAAAGGUGACAAGCCAGCUAAUCAACCAGCAAAGAUACAGUGGAGAUCUGCAAAAGAUGUGAUUGGUGUGAAAGGGGAGCCUGUUAGAUUUAUGUGUAUCUUUAGUGGACAUCCUGUACCUAAAAUUUUGUGGCACAAGGAAGGAAGGCCAUCAACAACGCUUUCUGAAGGACAUGAAUUUGUAAUCAACUCUGUGCAGUUUAAUGACAAAGGCAUUUACAUAUGUGCUGGAAGAAAUCCUGUUACAGAUAAACCACAAAAUGUAACAUUUACUCUGAAUGUACAAGCAAAACCUAGCUGGAAAAUUCCACCAGUUGAUACACGAGUCAGUGUGGGUGAUUCAGCCUCUAUAAAUUGUGAAGCAGAAGGCAUCCCUUCACCAAAUGUGGAGUGGUUUAUUGAUGGAAAACCAUUCAAAGAAAUUCCUGGCAAACGACAGCUUCAAGGGGAUAUUCUACAAGUCACUAGCCUCACUAAAAAGGAGUCUAUGGUUGUUCAGUGCAAUGCCACCAAUUCUCAUGGAUCUUUGUUUUCCGAUGUUUAUAUCAAUGUUUUAGGUAGGAAUUUUUAGGUCACCUAAAUCAUCUAGA